GGGGGCUGCAAGUGUCAGCGGCGGCCGCGGCCCGGCGCAAGACCGAGUCCGAGGACGCACGCGCCAGCUGGCCGCGAUCGCAGGCAGGGGGCGGCGUGCCAGAGGAGCAACAUGCAGAUAGGCGCCCGGCGCCCUGACGACCCCUCCCGAGGCAAAGAGGCCGGGGCGGCGCUGGGGCGGUGGAGAGCAUGAGGGAGGCCGGGGGGCGGCUCGGCUCGGAGCGCUGCUAGGGAGCGGUGCGCGCUGCACACUCGCCGGGGCGCAGCCGAGAGCGGGGAGCCGGGCGGGUCGCGCCACGGGGCGGGAGCCGGCCGCCGGGAGCUGUUCUGAUUUCCGAAGCGAACGCGAGGGGCCCGGAGCAGCCCCCGGCCCCGGCGUGCAGCCAACAUGGGCAACGCGGGGAGCAUGGAUUCGCAGCAGACCGAUUUCAGGGCGCACAACGUGCCUUUGAAGCUGCCGAUGCCCGAGCCAGGUGAACUGGAAGAGCGAUUUGCCAUCGUGCUGAAUGCUAUGAACCUACCCCCUGACAAAGCCAGGUUACUGCGGCAGUACGAUAAUGAGAAAAAGUGGGAGCUGAUUUGUGAUCAGGAACGAUUCCAGGUGAAGAAUCCUCCCCAUACAUACAUUCAAAAGCUCAAAGGCUAUCUGGAUCCAGCUGUAACCAGGAAGAAAUUCAGGCGACGUGUUCAAGAAUCCACACAAGUGCUAAGAGAACUGGAAAUUUCUUUAAGAACCAACCAUAUUGGAUGGGUCAGAGAGUUUCUGAAUGAAGAAAACAGGGGUCUUGAUGUUCUAGUGGAAUAUCUAUCAUUUGCGCAGUACGCGGUCACUUUUGAUUUUGAAAGCGUGGAAAGCACUGUGGAGAGCUCGGUGGACAAAUCAAAGCCCUGGAGUAGGUCCAUCGAGGAUCUACACAGAGGAAGCAACCUGCCCUCCCCGGUGGGCAACAGUGUAUCCCGCUCUGGAAGGCAUUCUGCACUGCGAUAUAAUACUUUGCCAAGCAGAAGAACCCUGAAAAAUUCAAGAUUAGUGAGUAAGAAAGACGACGUGCAUGUCUGUAUCAUGUGUUUACGUGCCAUCAUGAAUUACCAGUAUGGUUUCAACAUGGUCAUGUCUCAUCCACAUGCUGUCAAUGAGAUCGCACUGAGCUUGAACAACAAGAAUCCAAGAACAAAAGCCCUUGUCUUAGAACUGUUGGCAGCUGUUUGUCUUGUCAGAGGCGGGCAUGAAAUCAUUUUAUCAGCAUUUGACAACUUCAAGGAGGUUUGUGGAGAAAAACAGCGCUUUGAGAAGUUGAUGGAACAUUUCAGGAAUGAAGACAAUAACAUAGAUUUUAUGGUGGCCUCUAUGCAGUUUAUUAAUAUUGUAGUCCAUUCAGUAGAAGACAUGAAUUUCAGAGUUCACCUCCAGUAUGAAUUUACCAAGUUAGGCCUGGAUGAAUACUUGGAUAAACUGAAGCACACUGAGAGUGAUAAGCUGCAGGUGCAGAUUCAGGCUUACCUGGACAACGUAUUUGACGUGGGAGCUCUGCUGGAAGAUGCUGAAACCAAGAAUGCAGCCUUGGAGAGGGUGGAAGAGCUGGAGGAGAACAUUUCUCAUUUGUCUGAAAAGCUGCAAGACACAGAGAAUGAAGCCAUGUCCAAGAUCGUGGAACUGGAAAAGCAGCUGAUGCAGAGGAACAAGGAGCUAGAUGUUGUUCGAGAAAUCUACAAAGAUGCAAAUACCCAGGUUCACACAUUAAGGAAAAUGGUCAAAGAAAAAGAAGAAGCCAUUCAAAGACAGUCUACCCUGGAAAAAAAGAUUCAUGAACUGGAGAAACAAGGGACCAUUAAAAUUCAGAAGAAAGGGGAUGGGGACAUUGCCAUUCUGCCAGUUGUGGCUUCUGGCACAUUGUCCACAGGGUCAGAGGUGGCAGUGGGUAACUUUGUGGGACCAGCAAUGGGGGUUGCCUCCUCGGGCGCCCUGCCCCCUCCUCCCCCACCACUACCUCCAUCGUCAGACACACCUGAAGCAGUGCAAAAUGGCCCAGUAACGCCACCUAUGCCACCACCGCCUCCACCCCCUCCUCCUCCCCCACCGCCUCCACCCCCUCCUCCUCCCCCUCCUCUCCCAGGUCCUGCAGCUGAGACUGUGCCAGCUCCUCCUUUACCUCCCCCACCUCCUCCCUCUGCACCCCCGCUGCCUGGGACGUCCUCACCCACAGUGGUUUUCAACUCAGGACUAGCAGCUGUGAAAAUUAAGAAGCCAAUCAAGACGAAAUUCAGAAUGCCAGUUUUUAACUGGGUUGCCCUGAAGCCAAAUCAGAUCAAUGGCACAGUCUUCAAUGAAAUUGAUGAUGAACGGAUUCUGGAGGAUUUAAAUGUGGAUGAAUUUGAGGAAAUAUUUAAGACAAAAGCUCAAGGUCCUGCCAUUGAUCUUUCUUCAAGCAAACAGAAGAUAACACAGAAGGGAUCAAACAAAGUGACGUUACUGGAAGCAAAUAGGGCCAAAAAUCUAGCCAUAACUUUGAGGAAAGCUGGAAAGACUGCUGACGAGAUAUGUAAAGCUAUCCAUGUAUUUGACUUGAAGACAUUGCCUGUAGACUUUGUAGAAUGUUUGAUGAGGUUCUUGCCAACUGAGAAUGAGGUGAAAGUGUUCCGGCUCUAUGAGCGGGAAAGGAAGCCCCUGGAGAACUUGUCAGAUGAAGACCGGUUCAUGAUGCAGUUCAGUAAAAUUGAGAGACUCAUGCAGAAGAUGACCAUCAUGGCCUUCAUUGGGAACUUUGCGGAAAGCAUUCAGAUGCUGACUCCUCAACUGCACUCAAUUAUAGCAGCAUCUGUCUCUAUAAAAUCAUCCCAAAAACUCAAGAAAAUUCUGGAGAUUAUCUUGGCCCUUGGAAACUAUAUGAAUAGCAGUAAGCGAGGAGCAGUUUAUGGAUUUAAACUUCAGAGUUUAGAUCUGCUCUUAGAUACAAAGUCAACAGACCGAAAGCAAACACUGUUGCACUAUAUUUCAAAUGUUGUAAAAGAAAAAUAUCACCAAGUGUCCCUGUUUUAUAAUGAGCUUCAUUAUGUGGAGAAAGCUGCUGCAGUCUCCCUCGAGAAUGUUUUGCUGGACGUCAAAGAGCUCCAGAGAGGCAUGGACUUAACCAAGAGGGAGUACACCAUGCACGACCACAACACGCUGCUGAAGGAGUUCAUCCUCAACAAUGAGGGGAAGCUGAAGAAGCUGCAGGAUGAUGCCAAGAUUGCACAGGAUGCUUUUGAUGAUGUGGUGAAGUAUUUUGGAGAAAACCCCAAGACGACGCCACCCUCUGUCUUCUUUCCCGUCUUUGUCCGGUUUGUGAAAGCCUAUAAGCAAGCCGAAGAGGAAAAUGAGCUGAGGAAAAAGCAGGAACAAGCACUCAUGGAAAAACUCCUGGAGCAAGAAGCCCUGAUGGAGCAGCAGGACCCAAAGUCUCCUUCCCACAAAUCAAAGAGGCAGCAGCAAGAAUUAAUUGCAGAAUUAAGAAGGCGACAAGUUAAAGAUAACAGACAUGUAUAUGAAGGGAAAGAUGGCGCCAUCGAAGACAUUAUCACAGCCUUAAAGAAGAAUAAUAUCACUAAAUUUCCAAAUGUUCACUCGAGGAUCUUAGAAACCAACCCUACAGACGAGCCGAUGCGGUGAGGAGAAGUGUCAGGCGGCGCUUUGAUGAUCAGAACUUGCGUUCUGUUAAUGGUGCCGAAAUAACCAUGUGAACCUGAGACCUGCCUGUAUGAGUAGAGAGUGCGUGAAUGAAACUCUCCACAUGAACUUUAUGUGAUACCCUUUAACUGCAACCUUGAACAUUGAUAAAAUAUUCUAAGGGCUCAGAUUUAGCAAACACAUAGGAAUUUAAAAAUGACGGGCUCUCCUUUCAACCUUUGUUAACAAGUGCCUAAAAGUGGAAGUACCUGCUCAGAUUAAUCAAAGCAAUAGGGUUUGAUUUGAUUAGGUAUCUUUUUACACCAGUAUAUUAUCCAAUUUUUUAACCAAAAUGUAAAUUUCGUAUUACAUUCAUUAUCUGCCAUUGUGAUUGUCCCAUGAUGGCACACCCUGGUUUCCUGAUAAGUUGUAAAUAACGUGGAUGUAAUCUGCUCUGGGUUUCCUUUGCUGAGAUGUCUUAAGGAAUUUUGUGUUUUAGCCAUACCCAUCAACUUUGUAUUUUAAAGGGCUUGCAACAUGGAAGAAGGAAAAGGUCACAUGACAGACUGCUGUCCAUAAGCAAGCCCCAGCGAAGUACAAACAGGAUGUAUUGCAGUGGCACAGGAUAAGUCCCUCAACUCUUAUCUCGUUACACAUUCUACUUCUGUGCUAGGGUUAUGAUGCCCUGUGAGAAAAGUUCACCGGUAUGAAUGCAAGGAUAUAGUGGCAUACAGAUUUGUGUAAGAUUUAUUUGCAGUACUGUGUUCUUCAGCUAGAGGCAGCUUUUAAAAAAAAUAAUGCAAAUGUAUUUAUUAAUUAGCACUAAAAUUAACAUCUCAGUAAUCAGUAUUAGGAUUUCUGAGGACUAUUAUGGGCCAAUCCUGAGAAUAGAAAUUGGUGCCUUGCUAGCCAGGGAGAAGCUCACUAGCUUUAUCAACAAGCAUUCAAGAUUACUUCUGCUAGCUAGUAGUGUUUUAACCCAGCCUUAUUCUGACAAUCGCAAGUUUUUUUCCCCCUUCUUCUUCCUUUUAUAAAUUGGAUAUAUUUUGCAUUACAUAUCAAAGCUAAAUUCUUGUAUUUCCCACAUUACUUUAUGGGAAAUUGCAAUUAAAUUGCUUGAAAUAUUCACAUUGGGAUUAAGCUUACAUGAUAGGUAAUGGGACUAAAUCAAUGGCCAACUAAGCCACUGUUACUUUUCCUUCCUCUCUGGCAGGGCACUUGAUCCAUUCCAAAGUCAGAAACUGGACUAAAGCUAAUUUGUACUUUCCAUAAUAUACAUUCUGCUUCUGGCUUACCUUCUUGGUACAUUACAUCAAUAUAUUAAUUGUAAAGUUUAUUGUAUAGUAUUUAACCACUGAAUCUUAUUUUAUGUUGUGCUUAUGUGAGCUCCUUGGUGAAGGUCCCAUUUUCCUUGGAUAAUGUGUAGUUAUAUGAUCUCUUUUUAAAUGUACAGAUAUUUUGCUAUAAAAUUGGUGCAGUUUUUUAUGGUUUUUACACUUUAAUUCCCACCUAAGCCUCUGGGUAAUAUUGUAAAUAUUGUUUAAAAAUGCAUCAGCCUGUGCUAUACAAUCUGAAUGUUAUUUUAACUUAUAGGUUUUUUUUUUUAAUAUAUAUAUUUAACUACAAGGACAGUUUAGGGAUCAGUUACCACAUUUCACUUUAGCAUACCUAUUUACAAAAAAUUACUUUUAAAACUGCCACCUGCUAGCACAUUUUCAUAAAUGUGUACUUUAAAAAGAACAUGCUGAGAUUUUGUCUGUUGACUCAACAUUCAUUUUGGUGAAAAAAGCAAUUUGACCAUGAGCUACAACACAAGUAGUCGGCCCUUUAUCACAAGCAGCUGUUUUCCAAAGCUCAGUGCUAAUGAGCAUAUAUUAAAAUAAUUACCUAUUUAUUAAUCUACAGAUAGACAAUAAUGUUGGCAUGUUCUUUUAUUAAUGGGCCUGCUUCUUAGCAAUAUUAGAAAUGUUUUAUAAAAAAGCAGUUCAUGUUACUUUUCUGGUCUUUUCAUGGCAUAUGAGCAAAUAAACUAUUUACACUACUA